UCUUCGCUUUAACACAGAACCCGUUUCUAUUUUAUGUCAAAUGGGAGACUUUGGGUGCGGAGCAGGGCCGUGGACACCGAUCAUGAAGACUAAUGGCAACCAGAAUACCUUCCAUUUUGACUCCGUUUACUGGACUGAUUUAAACAGUUACAACCUUCUAGGAGCCCUGACAGGCUUUGAUGACAGUGAGACCAAAUUACCAACCUAUUGGAGUACACCCUUCUCCAAGAUCUGUCUGGGUAUGAAGGUUGACCAACAGCUCAGAUUUAUAGUAAUCAACUAGCCAGCAGCCUCUUUGUA